CUUUCAAUUGCUAGUGGUUCCCGUGGAAGCCCCCCAAUUUUCCGCCAGCUCUUCCCCUAUACCCGCCAGCUCCAGCCUUGCUUGCUAAGGAUUUCUGGUUCUUGAUCUUCCUGUGACCCUAGCACUUGGUUAAGCCUUCUAUCCUGCGCGAUUAAGGUAAGUAAAUUAUGAUAAUGCCCUUAAAUUUUCAAGCAUAUUUUAAUUUUUUUUUGAGAUGGUGGCAAGGUUUAAAUGGGUUUAUUUGCAUUUGAGCAUGAUUAAAUGGAAAUUGAACUUUUAUCAUUUUCCUUAUUUUCUAGAAUUGAGCAUGCCCACAUGAGAUUUCUUCGGUUUAUUCUUGAAAUUGAGAACGAUUGUGAAUCGUGAAAUUUUUUUGUAAAUCUUGCUUGGUUUUGUCUCCGAUAUAGUCAUGUUAUUCGUGUGCCCGCUAGUGGAAGGUUUAUAAACGCUAGCACAUGUCGACAUGUUAUUAAUAGAACCGGUUCGCUCGUGUUAUCCUACUAGUGGGAUUAUACACUAGUAAUCGUGUGCUUCCCAAUGGGAGGUUUAUAACACUGGUCAUGGCUAAUAGAGGAGACCACUAUUUAAUUUUAUUCUGCAUUAAUGGUUUGUUAUUGAGACGCUUUGUUUAUGUUUAAACUGUUUAUUUGGCAUGCUUUAAAUUUUGAUUCCGAGCAUCCAUAUUUACUUAUUGAGAUAUUUUAUCUCAUAGUUUUCCUUGUCCGCCAUUUCAGGUAGUGAGACCCAACGCAUGGGGAGUCCGGAGGAGUGACGAGCUAGACGGCUAGGCAUUUUUUUGGACUUAAGUUUUUGUGGUUAGGCCGCUAGUCAGCCAUGCUGACUUAGGAAUUUUUGUGUACAAAACUCCUUUAGUUAUAGAAAUGACUGUAUAGAUGAAGUUAUAAAUCUUUAUACAUUUUGACGAGUAAAUAUUUAGAAAGAAAAAGAAAUUAGAUAUUACCUG